UGUUGACGUGUCCAACAUGUUCUUUAAUGUUUUUAUUUAUGAUUUUAUAGAAAUAUGUAUUCAUAUAAUCCCUGUUACAUUGCAGUGGCAGGCAGUGUUUAAGGCCAGGUUAAAUAUUAGCAAACUAUAUGUGGUUUGUAUCUUCUAUUUAUAUGUGGGAGAAGCAACUGAGCUGAAUAAUACUUCAUGGCAUUUACUCUUUAAAUACUUCUUCGGAUUAUUUUUGAUAGUAUUGACAUUUUACUGACUAGCAGUUUUUAGCAAAGGCAUAGUAUGCCUAUUUUAUGUAUAAUUUCAUUAUUUCUCAACAACUAGUCAUGUGGUGGAGAUCAGAGGUGCUGUCAGAAUGGAACAAAUUAGUUUCAAGCAUUUUACAGUGAAAUAUGUAGAGAGAAGUAUGAGUUAAUUACAGUUAUCUGGGAGUCACUUUGGUAUUAUUUUAUUUCUUUUUCAUAGCCAUCGUGAAACUAUGUGGAAAUGGGGUAGCGGAGAUGAUUCUCCCUCCAAAACAGUAGCUGCAGGCUCCCAAGAUGCAAGAAGCAUGUCGGUGACGGAUUUGACUGAGCAGCUGACAAGUACCCAACAGCUGGUAACGCAGCUAAAGGAGCUUGUCAGAGAGAAGGAUGCUGAGCUUCGAAAUAAAGAUCUUCAGUUAAAGGAGGAGAAGGAAUCUGCUGAUGCCAAACUUUCCAAGUUGAAGCUGCAAAACAAAGCCAAGGUUGCAUCAUUAACCUCACAGUUGGAAGAACUUAAGAAACAGUUAUCAGUAUCAGGGGGCUUAGAGGCAAAAGCAGAACAGAAAAAGGCAUCAAAAGAUGGUGACCAGGAAAAUGCUGCAGCAAAUCGCGGGAAAAUAUUAGUACUGAGAAGGAGAAUUGAAGAACUAGAAUCCCAGAUCACACAAAAAAAUGAAGAGUUACAAAAAAAGAGUGUUGAACUGGAGGCCCAGCGCUGUCGUGGGGCUGAAAUGGAUGCCAUGCUGGCAGAGAAAGAAAAGAAGUUAGCCGAAAGAGAUGCUUAUAUCAUCGAUUUACAGAUAGCGUGUGGAUCAAGUGGUGUUGCCAAUGAAAUACUCUUGCCCAGUGAAGAGUUGAAGAAUCAGCUGGCUGUUAAAGAGUCAUCACUACAAAGCAUGCAGAUUCUAGUUCAGAACCUUACCAAGAAGGUUGGAGACAGUGAAGAAAAAUGUAGCUUGUUCCAGGAACAGAUUGAGAGUCUUAAAAAUAUUCAGAGCAAAGAAAGAGAACGUUUCCAAGGAAAAGAAGCUACAUAUAUGGAAAAUGUACGUGUGUUUCAAAAUAUUAUCCAGGAAAAGGAAAAGGAACUGGAAGCACAGAGAGAAAAGCAUGAGCAGGAGCUCUUUAAAUUAGCUGCUAAAUCUGAUGCAAGUGCUGACCUAGAACAGCUACUAAAGGCCUUGAAACAGAAGCUCCAUGAAAAAGAAGAAGUCAUGCUGGGAAGGACACAGGUGAUAGAUGUCUUGCAAAAGGAACUGGAUGCCAAGGACCAGCAACUGAAAGAGAUAAAUGAAAACCUGAAACGUCUUCUGUCUGAAAAAGAAAACCUCCAGUCUAAACUGGAUGCUGAGAAACACGUAAUGAGAGCCCAAUUAAGAGACAUGAUGGAGAAACAUGAGCUUGAAAUGACAAAAGUUAAGGAUAAAUACAAUGCUGAACUGCAUGAAAUUCAAGAGAAACAUGAAACUGAGCUGCAAGAGAAAGAUCAGGCCCUGUUUCAGCUUAAGAAACAAGUGGCAGAAUUAAGUGGUAGUGGACAGGCUAACUCAAAAGAAGUUAGAGAUCUGGAGUCUAUAACCAAAGAGAAGCUGGAAGAUUUAGAAGUGCAAGUGAAAUUGAAAACGGAAGAGGCCAGCAAAUCUGAAGCAAAGUUUCUGAAAAUGAAGGCUUGGUCUAAAUCAAGAAUCAAACAACUAGAGGAUGAACUAAAAAAUUUUUCGUCAAAGAAUAAUGAUGUAUCUGCCUUAAACAAUCGCAUCUCUGAAUUAGAAAUUGAAAACGAAGAACUACAGUCCAAACUGCAAUCGCUAUAUGAAAUCAGAACUCAGAAUGAAGAAUUGCUGACUAAGCUGGAAGUCUAUGAAGAGCAGCAAAGGAAAUUGCAAGCUGAUCUUGACCAAGUCACAAAAAGAGCAGCCUCACAGGCCAGUGAAUCGGGUAGUGUGGAUGAAUUGCAGAGUCAGCUCUUGGAGUGGCAAGAAAAUGUACCGGAGUCAGAGGAGUCCCACGAUCAAGUCAGAGAAGAGAAAUCUGUUAUGGCCUUGAGAAUGGCUCAGAUUGAAGAGGAGAGAGAAGCCAUAGUCUCAGGGCAACAGGAGCUGGAGGAGGAACUGACCACAGUUCAAGGAAUGGGCAGGCUGCAGCAGGCAAGAAGAAAAAGUAAUCAGACCAGCAGGAAGCUUCAGGAAGAAUACAACUUUGAUAGAAAACAAUGCUUUCAAGAAUUGAACGUCACCUUGGAUAGCACUGAUUCAGCUGAAGGAGAAAAUAUGGGAGGUUGGUGGCCAGAGUACACUUCACCUAAUGCAGGUUUACGGAGUGUGGUUGAAGAAUUGGAAUUGGAAAGAAAUCAACUGCAGGAACAAAUUCUUUUCCUAGAAGAGCGUUGUCAGGGUUUGGAAGAUAGAUUGCAGCUUCAAGGUAGAAUGGAGGCUCUUCAGGUAACGUUCGGUGUAGAUGAAGAAGGGCAGCUAUUGAGGGCGGUACAGAAUGAAAAUGAACGUUUGCAAACUCAAUUCACCCAGUUACGCAACCAACAAAUGCGAGAUGCGGAAAAGCAUCAAAUUCUGAUCUCUGGCUUGAAUGAGCAGCUUAAAGGAUUAAGUGACAGAAAUAGCUUCCUUGAAACUUCAGUUGGAGAAAAAGAACAAAAGCUGUUGAGCACAACAGAAAAACUAGAACAAAUUGAAACUUUGAGGAAACUGCUUCAAGAAAAGGAUAUUCUGAACAAAGAGCUUGGUGAAAAGUUUGUGCAUACUGAGCAAAAACUGAAUGAAGCCUUGAAGAAAUGCAGUGUUUACGAAGUGGAGAACACUGAGCAAAAAACAGUCAUCAGUGAUCUGACAGAAAAAGUUGCUACGCUGAAGGAAAAGACUUUGAAACAAGAUGGCAUGGUAGAGUCGAUGCAGCUGGAUCUGGACCAGACAAAUGAAGAGCUUGACAAAUUGAAUACAAGCCAUCUGGAGGAAAGAUCUCAACUUAUUCAAGAUCUCCAGAAACGUGAAAGAGAAAUUGAUAAUCUUAAAGAAGCACUGGCAGAAAAAGACAGAGAGAUGUCUGUCCUGUCUUCGAAUAUGACAGAAUAUUCUGAACAGGUCAUAGUUCUGAAGCAUCAAGUACAAUGCAAAGAGGAGGAAAUACGAGGGAUGGAAGAGGCUUUAUUAAAGGCUGAAAGGGAAACUCUUUUACUGAAAGAUGUACAAACAGCUGAUGUAAGAGAUGCAAGCAUGAAGAUAUCUGUCCUUUCUGAGCAAAGUAAUACAAUGAGACUAGAGCUAGAAAGAAUUAGAGUUGAGAAUGAAGCUAAAACCAAAGAAAAUGAGGAAUUAAUAAGACAAAGCAGUGAGAACAGCAUUACAAUUAAGGAUCUCCGUUCUGAAAUCAAAGCCAACAACGUUGCAUACCAUAACAAACUUGCGGAGUGUGAGUCGCAAAUUACUUUGCUGAAAGAACAAAUUAGUAAAUCAUCUGAAAAGCUAAAAGAAACUGAGGAUAAACAAAGAAAAGAAACAGAAUAUUUGAAAUCUCAGCUCGAGGAAAACAAUACUCUAAAGGAAAAAUGGAGUGAUUUGCUUAAAGAGAAAGAGAAUAAAGUACAGACACUUGAAAAUGAGUUAAAAUCAAUUAAAGAUUCAUACAACAAACUGGUUUUGGAAAAUGCUAAAAAAGAUGAAGAGGUGGCUGAGUUAUCUAGGAAGCUUAUAGAACAUACUGAACAUCAGGAAGCAAUUAAAAAAGAAUUACAAGAGAAACAAGAGUUCAUUAUUUCAUUAGAACAGAAGCUUGGGGUUUUGGAGCAGCAAAAUGAAGAGACUAAACUUAAAUUAACUGGAGAUCUGAAAGCCAAAGAGACAUGUUGCGAAGAACUUAAUAACCAAUUAAAUGAAAUACACAAACAAAUUAACAAGAUGGAAAUAGAGACACGGGAGAAAGCUUCAGCUAAUAAGCAAUUGCAGGCAGAUCUUGAAGGGAAAGAAGAAAAAUUGGCAGAGCAAAUAAAAACAAAUGAAUAUCUGAAAACAAGUAUGGAUAUGGUGGAAAAAGAGAAGGAACAGCUAAUUAGUGAAAAAGAGAAUUUGUCCAAACUCCUAGAAGUAAAAGAGUGUGAAUUGUUAAAGAAAAUCCAGGCUGUGGCAGAAAUGGAGAACAAGUUAUCUGUUAGCACUGCUGAGCAUGAAAAAACUCUUUCAGUACUAAAUAGUGAUAAAACCACUCUGGCAAAAGAGAUUGAACAACUUUCAAUACUUGCCGAGCAAAAAGAAAAUUCCAUUGCAGAACAGCUGCAGGAGAAAACAAAGGAAUGUAAUGUGCUAGCUGAUCAGUUGUGUGAAAGCAAGGAACAGACACAACAGUUGCAUGAACAAAUGCAAUCACUUCUCAUUCAGCUGAAGGAUACUAGAGACAAAGAAAUAAAGAAAGAAGAAAUGUUAAAUAAUAAGUUAUCUGAAUGCACUAGCCUAAUCCAAGAGCUCAGCCAUAGCAAGGAAAAGAAUUUGCUACUGCAGGAACAAAUUCAAAACAUAACUUUGGAUUUGGAAGCUGCGAACAGGUCUCUAGAUGAGAAAAUCCUUCAAAAUGAUUCAUUAUAUAAAGCAAUGGAAGAGAGUAAGUUUUGUGUUGUACAGUUGCAGGACGAAAUUAAAAAUCUUAAAGAUGAAAAAACAAAAUUAUCCCAGUUGGUAGAGGAAAGAGACCUGACUGUAAAAAGUCAGGGUUCAGAACUUGAGAAGUUUCAUAGGCAAGUUUCUGAAAAAAUGGCAGAAAGUACAGUGUUAAAUAAUCAGCUACAGCUAUUAAGCAAAGAAGUGGAUGUGCUUAAGCAUGAAAAGGAGGACUUUUCGAGCUUACUGAGCGAGAAGUCAUGUGAAUGUGAAGUUCUUCAGUCACAGUUGGUACAGCAACAGUCUGAAAUUACUUCAGCAAGGCAACAAGCACAUAUAGCAGCUCUAGAAAAUGAAAAAUUGAAAGCAGACGUUGAAGCAGUUAACGUUAUGGUAAUGAAAAAGUCAGACGAAGUAGCUGCUUUAACUUCCCACUUGUCCCAACAAAGUCAUAAUAUUUUAGCUCUGAAGGACCAAAUUGAUGGCCUCUUGAUUGAAAAAGAAAAUUUAAAAAUUGACUUUGAAGAAAAAGAAACUCUCCUUUCUGAAAAGGAGGCUUUGAUUCAGCAAAUGAAGGACAGUAAAAUGGCAGCAGAAGGGCAAUAUGUGCAAAUAAUUUCUGAUCUGCAAAACCAACUACAAGCCCUAGGUUUUGAAACCAGCCAGCUUAGACACACAAUUCAGGAAAAAGAAAAUGAAUUUAAGAGGCAAGCCCAAGAAUUAAAGUUAUUGAAAGAUAAAUCUGAAGAGUCUGAUGUGCUUAGGGUUCAACUGUCUGAGAAUAUGGAGGUUAUUUCUGACCUUCAGUAUCAGCUUAAAAGUGUGACAGAAAAAUCAUCCCAGUUGAAUGAUUCAAUUAUACAGAAGGAUGAAUCUCUAAAACGAAAGUUAGAUGAAUACAUCAGUUUAAAAGCACAGCUUUCUGAGGUGCAGGAAUCUUCUGUUUUGCAGCAGAAACAGUUGGAGCUUUUAGUCUGUGAAGCAGAACAAUUAAAAGUACUUGUUUCAGAAAAAGAAUUAACCAUCAGUAAUAUUUCAUUAUCUAGUGAGAAUAUAAAGACUCAACUUCAAGAGAAAGAGAAUGAAUGUGAGGUCCUAAAGAAGCAGGUGGAGGAGCUGGAGGAAGUGAAGGUGAAUUUACAAAAAGAAAUACAACAUCAGAAGGAUGUAAUAAUUGAGAUGGACCAGUCCUUAUCAGAAAAGGAGUCAUCUCUUACAGAAAAUAAAAGUCUCCUCAAAACUCUGGAAGAGAAAGCAAGUAAAGAUGAAGAGAAGACAAAUUUAAUUUCUCAGCUCAAAAGUCAGGUACAUGAACUUACACAAGAACUACAGAAAUCUAAAGAACUAGUCCAUGAGAGAGACAGUGCCUUUUUAUCUCUUCAGGAGAAAAUUGAAGCACAGUAUGAACUAAGAACUGAGUUGAAUGCAGCUCUUGGGAAAAAAGAAGAAGUUAUUGCUGGCCUGCUUAAUUCUUUAAAGGAGAAAGAUACCAGUAUACAGUUGGCAGACAACAACGUUAACGUUCUUUCUAGUGAGAUUGAGGUUCUGAAAGAAAAAUCAGAGAAAAGUGGUACAGCCAUCAAAAACCUUACCAAGGAAUUGCAGGAAAAGAACGAGAAGCUUGAUAUUAAUCAGAAGAAAAUUGAUUCUUUAACAAUUGAACUUGACUCUCUUAAAAACGAACACCAAAAAGCACUAGACCAAAUAAGUAUACGGGAAGAAGAACUACAGCAAAAAGAACUGGCUGUGGAGUCUCUGCAUCUGAAGUGCACUCAACAGGCAGAUAACAUAGCAUGUCUGAAGUUAGAGUUGAACAAUGUAAAUUCCAAAUCAUCUCAAGACUGUCAUGACAAUGUGCUUUUCAUAGGUAGUCUGCAAUGCCAGGUAGAGUCUCUGGAGAAAGAAAAAAAUCAAUUGCAAGAAAAUGCUGAUAAACUGAUGGCUGAAAACACACAACUUAUUACAUCUCAAAAUAAUUUGCAAAAGAAAUUGGAAGAGCUGCAAGAAAAAAAUGAAAAACUAGAAACCAGUGAGAAUUAUUCAAGAAUGCAGAUAGAUGCUGUCAAACUGCAGUUGAAGACUGAAAAAGAGAAGUUACAGAUGCAGGUUAGUGUGAAGGGUGAAGAACUUUCUAAAUUAGAACUUAAAUUUGAAACUCUAGAACAGAGUCUACUUGAGUCAGAAAACAAAUGGGUGACAGAACUUGAUAGGGCAACUUUACAAAAUAAUAAUCUCACUGAGCAAUUGAGCAGUUUAGAAAGUGAAGUUAAAUCAAAGGAUAGCAAAAUCCAGUCUUUGCAGCAAGAGCUGGAUCUUAUAAAAGAGGAAUUAACUCAAAGCUUAUCUUCAUUACUUAGUAGUAGGCUUUUAUGUAAAGAAAAGGCACAGACUUCAGAUUCUGAACUUCAGCUAACUGAUAGUAAAAUUCAGUUGGAAGAAUUCUCCACUCUGAUAACCACUCUUUUGAGCAAAGAAACAGAAGGACAACAGUUGCAACUGGUGCUUUUAGAAAAGCAGAAGGAAAUAGACACCAUGAAGGAUGAAUUAAAAAGUAUGCAGUCACUUGAGAAGCAGAAGGAAUUGCUGCAGAAUGAUAUUGAAAAGAUGAAGGGUAAAUACAAAUCUGAAAUUGAAUGUCUGUCAGAAGAAAUGGUCACAGUCAAGGAAACAUUAUGUAAACAACAGUCUCUCUUGCAAGAAAGAGAAGAGUCUUUUGCAGAAAUAAAUAAGCAGGUUGAAUUUCUUCAAGACAAGAUAAAUAAAUCAGAAGAAAUAGUAAGAACCAGUCAAGAAAAACUACACGUUGAAGGGAAAAAAGUAGCAAGUCUCCUUGAAGAAAUGGGGAAAAAAGAUCAACUCAUCGAAAACUUAACUUCCCAGGUAAAUCAGCAGACGGAUUUAAUUUCUGGUCUAAGCCAGCAACUGAAAGAAAAGGACUGUUCUGUUGCCCGGAUCAUGGAAUCAUUGUCUAAUGAAAUGUUGAAUUUUUCUGAAGAGAGAAAUACAUUAAAUACCAAGCUGCAAGACCUUGAAGCUGUUCAUAAUAGUUCUGUAGGAGAGCUAAACAGAGUAUUGCAGGAACUUGAGGUUUGUAAGAAAGAACUGGAACAUAGUCAGGUUACGUUAAGCAGUAGGGAAGCUGUGUUUAAAGAUCUAAUGAAUGAAAAAGAGGAGAUGCAGUUUAAUCUUGAGAAAAUGGGCAAGGAAAAAGAGAAUCUGAAAAAGAAACUUCAAGCAGCAUUGAUAAUAAGAAGAGAUCUAAUGCAGAAAGUUGGAAAACUAGAAAAGAGCGGGCAGGAAGAAAUAGAAAAAGAGCAAAAAAAAGCAGAGGAGCUGUUGAAGAAAGUUACUGAGUUAACAGACAAACUGAAACUAGUUGAAGUACAAAAUAAAGAUUUUGAGUCUCAUCUUGGAACUCUGAAGCAACAACUUUUAGAAAAAGAUGCCAAAAUAAGCGAUUUGACGGAAAUUUUGUCUUCAAAAGUUUCCUAUUUAGAGGAACUUCAGGACAAUAUCACAAAACUAAAUGAUGUCAUUGCUGAAAAACAGAACAUAUGGGAGCAGAACGUAAAAUCCUUAGAGGAAAAGGACUGCAUGCUUGCCCAUGUGCAAUCUAUGCUUGAUGAAAAAGCAAGUGCAUAUGAAGAGGAACGUUCUCAGCUGCUCUUAGCUCUUGAAAAGGUGAAGUCUGAAGUUAAGAAGAAGGAAGAAUUGUUGAAAAAUUCCAGUUCAGAAGAGCCUGGUUUAAGUGCUGGGGACAGGAGGAAGUGUCUGGACCCCAACAACGACAUUAAUGUCAUGAAUGAACUAAAAAAAGAAAAAGAAGCCUUACAGAGGGAGCUUUUGGUCAGGAGAGAAGAUAUGGAAAAGUUUCAGAAAGAAAGGGAAGAGCACACUAAGCUUGCAGCAGAUUUUGAUGAACAAAAAAACCUCCUUGAGCAACUCAAACGAGAACAUAAAGCACUCUGGGAAGUUCUUCAAACAAAAUGUAAAGAAUUUGAUUUUAAUCUAAGGAAUAUGGAAUCGGACAAAAAAAGAAGCGAGGUUCAGGUUGCACCCCUAAAAGAGUCAGAAGAAACAGUCACUUCAGAGGCAAGUAAAGAUGCAGAGUUAAAAGAACUAAGAAGUAAUUAUGCAAAACUUCAGGAGGAAACAGAAAUGUUAAAGAAAGAGUUGAGAAAAAUAUCAGUUGAAUUUGGUGAUGAAAGAGCAGAAACAGUCAACUUAAACUCUUUGAGACAGCAGGAGCAGUACCAGGAGCAAUGUAAGGGCAGCUUGUUGGAGGACAUAAAGCAGCUACGGAAAAAGCUGAAAGCAUACGAGGCUGAAGCUAUAGACAUAAAGGCAGCGCUUGAACAUGUGAAUAAUGAGAAAGAAGCACUUACUAAAAAAAGUGAAGAGGAUUACAAGAUGAUCCAAGAGAAACUGCAGAGACUGAGAAUCGAAGCUAAGAAGGAGGUUGCAGAAAAGAACGAGGAAAUAGAAGCAUUGCGUUGUUCACUUACGGAUUUCAAAGAUAAACUUGAUCUGGAAAAGGAAUUAUUAAUCAAAGCUAUAAAGGAGGGUCAAGAAGCAGCCCACCAUUACAAAACAGCAUUUGAAGAAAUGAAGAUUGAAAAAGAGAAACUUCUCAAUUGUUUAGAAAAGUCCAAUGUGGAACUAAUUAAUAUGAAAAAGGAGGUAAAACGUUUCAGUGAAGAAAACAAAAAACUUCUGGCAGAGCUAUGUAUGCUACAUGAGAAGGCUGAGAUGAGUAAGCCUGUGGUGUCAUGCAAAGAGCUUAAGGAAGAAAAUUAUCCUGAAAAAGAACUGGGAGAGUUUUGUUUGGAAAGCAAUUCCCUUCACGGAAAGUUACAAGGCAAAGACACGUGUUUUCAACUCUCAGAGACCGAUUACUCUGGAAAGACUAAACUGAAAGAAGCAACAGAAUGUCAAAUCCAGAAACAAAUGGAAAUGAUUGAAGAUCCUCUGGCAAAAACUGCAAAUGUAAAUGAUUCUAAACCCCAAGAGCAAAGAACUAUGGCAGAAGAGAAGUCCAGAGAGCGCCUUCAAAGAAAAUUACAGGCGGCUUUAAUAUCACGUAAAGAAGCCCUGAGAGAAAAUAAAUGUUUAAAAGACCAGAUUGAUAAGCUGAUGUUGGAAAGAGAAGAACUGGUGAACAAGACAGGUAUGCUUGAACACUUGUUAGAGCUCGGUAGGGAAAAACAAAGUUCAAGUACUGUUUCUCCAUUGUCUGAAGAGGAGAGCCUUGUUUCUGAAAAUGCUAGACUGUUGACUGAAAACGAAAACCUCACUGCGGCAUGUGAAAGUCUUAAAUCCACCAUGGAGACUAUAGUUCAGGAAAAAGAGGCCUUUUCUUUCCAACUAAAUACCUUAAAAGAUUCUCAGACAGUUGAAUUAACAGGAUGGAAGGCUAAACAUAGUGAAUUAAAGCAAGAGUAUGAAUCACUUCUUCAGGCGUAUGAGAAUAUCAGUAGUAAAAUCGCAGAUAUGAGGCAAGCUAUUGAUCUCGGUAGAAAAGAGAAGCAAGAGGCUAUUCAAAGACUCAGGGAAGGGGAAUCUGAGAAGGCAGCUCUUGAGAAGCAUUUACAAAAACUCAUCAAUGAAAAUGAGGUUAUUAAGAAUCAACUGAAACAACUCGGCGAAUCCAAGAAAAUGGAAGUUGAUGAAUUACAGAGUAAAGCAGAAAGGCAGAUACGUGAGCAAGAGGCAAGGAUGCAAGAACACCAGGAUCGUCUUCAUGAACUCACUGAACAAAAUCAUCAGCUUAUGGAGGAAAAUGAGCAGCUGAAACAGACUUCUGAAAAUUUAAAGCAGGCUUUAGAGAAAAUUCAGAAUGAAAAUGAUAUCCUUCAUAAUAACAUCACUGUCACUAAAACAGCUUUGGGAGAGCUCCAAGUUCAAAUGGAAGUGUACCAAAAUGAUAUGCAAUCUAAAAUCAAUGAUGCAUUAUAUGAGAAUGAAUCAUUGUUAAAGGACGUGAAUGUGUUAAAGGAUAAACUCUCUGAAAAAGAACAAGAUGUGCUUGCCUUAGAACAAGAAAGAAAAGUGAUUUCAGAAAAAGCAAAACAGACAGAAAACUCUUUGGACCAUAAAAAUAAUUGUCUAACAAAGCUGGACAUGGAAUGUAGAAGUCUUGCACAAGAAAUUGUUAGUCUGAAUGAAAAAGUUAAGAUUUUAGAGGAUGAUAAAUGUCUGUUACAGGAAGAAUUGGAAAAUGUACAAGAAAGUUCUUACAAAGUAAAGAAUGAGAGAGAAUUUCUUGAGACGGAAUUGCUUAAUCAUGUUAAAAAAGUUGAUCAUCUCACCGAUAGAAUGAAAUCAGCACAGGUACAGAAUAACUUGCUGUUACAGCAACUGGAAGAAUUAAAGGCAGAAAAAUGUAACGUGAUUAGAGAAAAAGAAACACAGCAGUUACAUCUUGUAAGAAUGUUUGAGGAGAAGGUGAAAAGUGCUCAGAGAGAUAAUAAUGGAAGCAAAAACAAAACGAAAGAGUUGCAGGAACUCUUAAAGGAAAAACAGCAGGAGAUCAACCAUUUGCAAAAGGAUUCUAUAAAGUUCCAGGAGCUGAUCCUGGAUUUGGAAAGAUCUGUCAAACUGUCACAGUCAAAAAGUGAAAAAUUCGAAAAGGACUUAAAUAAUAUGUCAGAAAAGCUUGCAAAGUCAAAUGAAGAAAUAUGGCAUCUCAAGGGAAAGCUUUCCUCACAGAUGAACUUGUUGGAUCAGUCAAAGAAUGAAGUAGACAGACUUACAGAUGAGAAUCUAAAUUGUAGGAAAGAACUUAAGAAGAAAGAAGACGAACUACAAAUUCAAAAGAGAAAAUAUGAGAGAGAAUUGGAAUUUAACCUUCAGCAGUUAAAGUUGGCUCACAAAAGAGAGUUUUUGAACCUAGAGGAAAGACAUGGUGCCCUUGAGAGAGAAAAAGAUAGGGCUGUUAGUGAGAUUCAUGGUUUGCGAGAAGAAGUUAGCAUGAAGGAGUCUCAAAACAAGAAACUUCAAGCGGACUUGAAUGCAGCUUUGGCCCGAUUAGCUGCUUUUACGAAGUGUAUGUCCUCGCUUCAGGAUGACCGGGACAGGGUAAUCACCGAAAUGAAAACCUGGGAAAUGCAGUUCAAAGAGGCCAUCCAAAAUAAAGAGAAACAGAUAGAAGACAGUAAUAAAAUAAUAAUGUCUUUACAAGAUGAAUUGAAAGACAAAAUUACUCAUAUUCAAGAACUGAAUAUCAAAUAUUCUGUGGUAGAGGAAACAAAGGAUGAACUGUAUUUGAGGCAAAAAUCUGUUGAUAGACAACGCUCUGAAGAGCUCUGCAGAAUAAAGGAAGAAAAUACGUUGUUUUUUAACAGGCAGCAAGAAUUGGAGAGUGUUCUUCAGUCCAAAGAAGCAGCUUUGCAAGCACUCCUUAAAGAAAAUAAUUCUCUUAAUCAUCUCAUAGAGAAUAGUAAAAGUGCAGGAAGAGAGAUAAAAGUGCUGGAAAGUAAUUUUACAAGACAAGAACAAGAAUUGCAACAGCUUCUAGCCGAGAAGGAAAAAAUGAAUGCUGAAUUGCAAAAGCAGAUGACCAUUUCUGAGCAAAUGAAGAUCAUGCUAAAUAAUAAAGACAAAGAAAUUUCCUUACUCAUUUCUUCAAAAGGUGAUGAAAUUUCUGACUAUCUGAUUCAGGUACAGACUCAACACAAAAACCAAAUAGAAGCGUAUGAACUUCAGUUAAGAUCUUUGCAGACAGAGAGACAGCAAUCUGAGGAGUCCUGUCAGAGGAUGGAAAAUGAACUGAGAAAUCUCCGGAUGAAAGCAGACAAAGCAGGUCAAGAUAAGGCUGUGAUUGCCAGUGAAAUAGAAGCCUUUAAAAAAUCAAUGUCAUCUCUUCAGAAUGAUCGGGAUGAUCUUUUUUCUAAAUACAAAGAGCUGGAACAUCUUCACCAGGAUGUCUUAAAUCAGCGGGACAGUCUUCUAGUUGGCAAUGCAAGUGAGAAUAAUGCUUUGAAACAAGAAUUGAGGGUACUUCUCAAUCAGAUAGAUGAUCUUCAUUCUGAAAAUGCAAUGCUAAGCGCACAGCUGGUAAAGUAUAGGGAAGAUCUUAACCAAGUUUUAUCUCUGAAAGACCAUCAGCUGAAAGACUUACUUAAGCAGAAAUUGGAUUGUAUUAAAAGCCUUGAACAAGAAAAAUACAAUCUUCAGAAACAAAUAAAAGAAAUGCAGCUUUCCAAUGAACUGCAAAAGGAUACUGCUGAAUCUUUGGAACAUGAAAAUAAAAAACUAGUGUCUAAAGUAAAUGAUUUAGAAUCUUUAAUUGCAUCAUUAAACAAAGAGAAACUUGUUUCUGAGUCUGGAGAGAAACUGCUAACUAGUGAUAGUGUUCAGAAAAAGGAAUGUAUAUCAAAUGGACAGUAUGGAGAAAAUCUUCAGAAGAAGAUUCAAGAACUCCAGAAAUCAGGAGGCAGAAGUACUGAGGAUGCAGAUGAGGAAUACAGUAAGACUCUUUUGGUGCUUGAACGUGGAGAUGAACUGGAUGCUGUUGCAGAGAAGAUGAUAUUAGAAGUUCGGUCCCAAAAUAGUGAGCUGAGGUCCCAAAAUGAGGCCUUUGGGAAAGCAAUGUCUGCCCUGCAAAAUGAUAGAGAUAGGAUAAUAGAGGACUUAAAGGUACUUCAGAGCAGAUACACAUCUGAACUCAAGACUGAAAAAAAGAAAGGAGAUGAACUUGAAGCUGAACUGGGUGGCUUUAAAUUGCAUCUUAUCAGUAUGCUCAAAGAAAAUGCUCUUCUGAAUCGGGCUAUUUUUGAUGCUGCAGAUAAGGUUACGCUUGAUCAGAUUGCUGAUGAAAUUGAAAAUCUCUGUAGGACGUUAGUCAGUCGAGAGAUGGAGGUUAGCAGGCUUUCAUCUGAGUGUGGGAGUUAUGUUCACCAGAUUGAAGCGUUUUCCAAGGCUAUGGCCAGUCUUCAGGAUGACCGAGACAAAUUGAUGCAGGAAGUCGGCAAUCAGAAGGCUAAAGAAGGAGCCAGCCUUGCAGCUGUUGAAAUAGCAAAACUGAAGACCAAGGUUGAUGAUUUGGAGAAGGCAUUGCAUCAGACAAAAGCCUUCCAAGCAGAAACUGAGAGAGAGAUUGCGUCAUACCAGAAUGAGCUUGCUGGAUUAAGAAUGGAAAACAACCUCCUCCUCUCGGAGUCCCAGGCGCUGCGAAAUCAAUGUCAAAUCACAGUUGCUGAGAAAGACCGACAGAUUGUGGAACUACAGAAGCUGCACCAAGACAUGAUUGUUAAGAAAUCGGUCUCUGCUGGCAGCCAUUACCCAGUCAAGGUUUUAGAAACCACCUCCCUUGCUGGAAGUGCAGAUGUGCCAGAGGAGAUCAAACAAGUCUUAGCUGAGAAGAAUCAGCUUCAGAACGAACUGCAGCGCUGUCUUCAGGAGAUGCACCAGAAGGAUCUGCAUUUCCAGCAGAUUAAUUCAAAGGUUGUGCAGUCAGCAGAAGAGAAUGCAGUCUUGUCUGCCCAGUUGAAGACUCUUUCGCAGACACUAAGAGAUAACCAGCUUCGUUACACUGACUUGCAGAAUCGUUAUUUAAGACUGGAGAGGGAAUAUCAGACCAUACAAGUGACAUCUUUCCAAGGCACUGUUCAGGAUGAAACUAGAGUAGAAGUUCCCCCUGGAGCACCACAGGAAAGAUCUGCAGUUAUUGUUGAAAUAGACAAUACGGAGCUAAAUGAACUCCGAAAAAGGCUUACAGAGACUGAGCAACAAUAUGAUUCAGUGCAGCAGGCGCUCUCCCAGCUGACAGAAACACUGUCAGAAGAGAAGAGGAGGAGAGAAGCUGCAGAAGAGGCUCUUGGACUCUCUGAGGAGCGAAUUAACAGAUUUGAAGUAAGCAGUUACAGGUCUGUACCUAGUGAAUAUGCUGUUCAGAUGGAAACUGAGGAGGAGAGAGAAGCCUUAAUCAUCAAUCCUAGUGAACAUGUUAUCGUGCGGAAGAUGAAAGGAGGAGCCCUUUCCUUCCGAAGAUGGCUUCGAGGGCGAAGUCUUUACUGUUCUAAGCUGCUGACCUCCAGAGCAAAAUCCCGCUAUUUAUUCCUCACCUACCUAGUUACGCUACAUCUUGUUGUUUUACUGUGCCUCACUGGUGUUCUCUGAAUACACUGCAUUUUCUGGGUAAAUUAUUUCCCUGUAGGUAAUGGUGUGCCAAUUUAAGAUAAUAGACUUUUCACAUGCUGCUGUUAAGCUAUGCACUGGACACAGUUGUAUAUAUUCUUGUUACACUACAGGAAUCCUGAGCUUCUUAAAAGAAAUUUGUGUAUAUCAUAGUUGCUCCAAAGUUGACUUGAAUUGCUCUUUAACAGUGGAAUAUUAUAUUUGCUAAGGAGAAAAUAUUCCCCUCUGCCCUAUAAAGAAACUGCUGCAUACAAGUUAUUUAAUAUUGUUUGUGAGUACAUAAUGACUGAUUACUACUGAAUGGGUUGUAAAUGAUAUCUUUUCUAUAUAAAUUUUAUUUUAAGAGUUAAACUAUAAAUUUUAAAGGAAUAUUCAGCUACUACUGUUUAUUGGCUUCUUGAUUAUAACAAGAAGUUUUAUAGAGUGCAAUAAAGGAAGAACUACUGGAUUUUUUUUUUUUGGCUGAAAAUAAAAGAUUCAAGAAGGUUCUUUGGCCCUGCAGUUUGUAAUGGCUCUGACAAGGUCCACAGAUAUGUGUAUGGUGAUGAGGUAAGGGAUGAUUAAAGAUUCAGUAAAGAUUCAGAAUUGAGAUGACAUGAAGAAACGCCUUUGACUUCUUAUAUUCCUUUGCUGCUGUUUAAAGGUGUGAUUUAUGUAGAUUUUCUUUGUGGGGUUUGUUUGUUUGGUUGUUUUUUUUUAAUUCACUUGCACUUCUUGGUGGGUUUCGUUACUACAUCUCUUCGGGGCAAAAUGUUACUCGGCUGGUCAACACGUGAAAUUCAAGCUUAUAAAGACACAACCUUAUGUAUUUUGCAUGUUUGGGCUCCAAGAUACAAAUGAAUAAAGGGCGCAUUUUUAGCCAAGGGGCUAUAAGAAGCAGGGGGUUUGCGUUCAGUUUCUGUAGCCAUGUCGUAGAGCAUUAUGUGUUGCGUAUUAAUACAUCCGUGUUCUCUGAAACUGCACAACUAUUUCUCCGAUUCAAAAUACCACUUAUUUGUGAAGACUGUGGCCGCUGGAAGUUGGGAGGUUGUUUUUACACCCUGUAUUGCUGUUUGUUGGUGUUUGUCCGGUCUGUUUCUGCUCCGUACAAAAUGGAGAUAAAAUUCAAAGAGGCGGAGUCUAAAGGAGUAGACAAAGUCACAAAGAAGGAGUAGCCAUUUGAUUCCCUCUUUGCUAGCCUAAAAU